AUGAUUACUUCUAGUACAUUGGGACAAACUACAGUUCCUAUCGUACAUGACAUGCCUCAACUCAGCAGAAUUUAUAUUUUUUGUGAGAAAAAAGCUCCACAUGAAGAAUGGAUCAAAAAUUGGUCAAAAAUAAAAGGAAUCUUUACAGAUAUUGCUCCUCUAUGUAAAGCUCUUCAGCAAGCGGCACAAGAAUGUGACCAAAAUAUGAUUUCGAUCAGUUUUGUACCAAGCAGUAGUGAAAGUAGUAAGCCAAAUCUCAACAAAUUCGAUUCUUCAUUUAUGUACACUCAAAUAAUAAAAGAAAUUUUAUUAAGUAUUAAUUUCGAACAACAUCAUAUCAAUGAAUUUACUAUUUAUUGUCGUCAAUUAUUCGCUGCGAAUCCAAAAGAACUGCAAAAUGUGGAGAAAUUUGAACAAGAAUACUAUAAGCAUCUCCCGAUUUGGUGGUAUACUUACCCAUGCUUUCUUUAUUCGAUGCUGAAUAGAUCAUUAGGAAUGAUGGAGGUCAAUCUCAUUAUACGCAUGGGACUUUUCAUCCGACAUCUGUAUAACCACAUUGCCAAGCUGCAUGAAGAACAAUAUGUUGGAAAUGCAAAAAUGGAACCGCUUACUGUCUUUCGUGGUCAAGGAAUAUCGAAGACCGACUUUAAUCGAAUGCUACAGGCACAAAGUGGACUGUUAUCAUUUAAUAAUUUUCUAUCCACUGGUAUGCACCGUCAAGUAGCUCUUAAUUUUGCUCGUGAAACGAUGGAAUCAUCCGAUCUUGUUGGUAUUUUAUUCGUCAUGAAAAUCGAUCCGUCCAUCGCAUCAGUACCGUUUGCAGACAUCCAUGGUACCAGCUAUUUCGAAGAAAGAGAUCAAAUUCUCUUCGCCAUGCAUUCCAUCUUUCGCAUUGGACCAAUGGAACAAAUUGAUGGAAAUAAUCGUCUUUGGCAAGUCAAUUUAACAUUGACUAGUGAGAACGAUCCAGAUGUGCAAGCACUUACUGAAGAAAUACGCAAAAAUACUUAUCCCCAUCUUCAAGGAUGGGAUCGUUUGGGUAAAAUACUCAUUAAACUAGAACAACUCAACAAAGCCCAAGAGGUGUAUAAUAUUUUGCUUGAUCAAGCGUUGACUGAUCAUGAAAAAUCGUUCAUUUAUCAUAUGCUUGGGAUGGUCAAGCGCAGUCAAGGUGAAUAUGCAGAUGCCAUUGCCUGUUAUCAACAAUCCAUUGAACUUAAACAGAAGAUUCUCUCACCAACAGAUGCUAAUUUGGCUGCUUCUUACAACAACAUUGGUUCGGCGUAUGACAAGAUGGGUGACUAUUCAAAUGCACUUUCAUCUCAUCAAAAAGCACUGGAAAUCUGCCAAAAAAAUCUUCCUAUCAACAAUUUAAAUUUAGUGACUAUAUACAACAACAUUGCUUCCGUGUAUAACAAGAUUGGUGACUAUCCGAGUGCACUGUCAUCUCAACAACAAGCACUAGAAAUUCGCCAAAAAACACUUCCGUCAAAUCAUCCCGAUUUGGCUACUUCCUACAGCAACAUUGGUUCGGUGUAUUACAAUAUGGGUGACUAUUCGAAUGCACUUCCAUCUCAUCAGAAAGCACUCGAAAUUCGCGAAAAAAUACUAUCUUUAAAUCAUCCUGAUUUGGCUGCUUCUUACAACAAUGUUGCUUCUGUGUACAACAAGAUGGGUGACUAUUCGAAUGCACUUUCAUACCAUCAAAAAGCAUUGAAGAUUCGCCAAAAAGCACUUCCUUCAAAUCAUCCCGAUUUGGCUACUUCUUACAACAACAUUGGUUCAGCAUAUUCGAGCAUCGGUGACUAUUCGAAUGCACUUGCAUGUCAUCAAAAAGCGCUGGAAAUACGUCUAAAAACUCUUCCUUCAAAUCAUUCUUAUUUAGCUCGAUCUUACACCAAUAUUGGUUUGGUCUAUGAUAGCAUGAUUGACUAUCCAAAUGCACUCUCAUGUCAUCAAAAAGCACUCGAAAUACACCAAAAAACUCUUCGUUCAGAUAAUCCUGAUUUGUCUGCUUCUCACAAUAACAUUGGUUUGAUGUAUAACAACAUGGGUGACUAUUCGAAUGCACUAUCAAAUUAUAAAAAAGCAUGUCAAAUCUUAAAAAAAACUCUUCCUUUAAAUCAUCCUCAUUUGGCUCGAUCUUAUAGCAAUACGGCAUUGGUUUAUAACAACAUGAAGGACCAUGCAAAUGCACUUUCAUACUAUAAAAAAGCAUUGAAAGCCUGGCAAAAGACUCUUCCUUUAAAUCAUUCUCAGUUAGCUCGAACUUACGACAAUAUCGCUUCUAUGUUUGACAACAUUGGUGACUAUUUGAAUGCAGUUUUGUUUCAUCAAAAAGUACUAGAAAUCUACCAAAAUACUCUUCCUUCGAAUCAUCCUGAUUUGGCCACUUCUUACAACAAUAUUGGUUUGAUGUAUAACAAGAUAAGCGACUAUUCCAAUGCACUUUCAUCUCAUGAAAAAGCACUGGAAAUUUGCCAAAAUACGCUUCCAACAAAUCAUCCUGACUUGGCCACUUCUUACAACAACAUUGCUUCGGUGUAUGACAGUAUGGGUGACUAUUCGAAUGCACUUUCGUAUCAACAAAAAGCAUUGGAAAUCUAUCAAAAUAGUCUUCCUUCAAAUCAUUCUCAUCUGGCUGCUUCUUACAACAACAUUGGUUUAAUGUAUAAUAGCAUGGGUGACUAUUCGAGUGCAUUUUCAUAUCAACAAAAAGCAUUGGAAAUCUAUCAAAAUAGUCUUCCUUCAAAUCACUCUCAUCUGGCUACUACUUACAACAACAUUGGUUUGGUGUAUGACAACAUGGGUGACUAUUCUAAUGCACUUUCAUCUCAUGAAAAAGCAUUGGAAAUCUAUCAAAAUAGUCUUCCUUCAAAUCAUCCUGAUUUGGCUACUUCUCACAACAACAUUGGUUCGGUGUAUGAUAACAUGGGUGACUGUUCGAAUGCGCUAUCAUACUAUAAAAAAGCACUGAAAAUCUGGCAAAAAACGCUUCCUGCAAAUCAUCCUCAUUUAGCUCGAUCUUACAACAACAUUGGUUCAGUGUAUGACAACAUGAAUGACUAUUCGAAUGCACUAUCGUCUCAUCAAAAAGCAAUCGAGAUCUAUCAAAAAACUCUUCCUUCGAAUCAUCCUGAUUUAGCUACCUCUUUCAACAAUAUAGGUUCGGUGUAUGAAAAGAUGGGUGACUAUUCGAAAGCACUUUCAUACUAUGAGAAAGAUCUUGAGAUCUGCGAAAAAACUCUUUCUUCGAGUCAUCCUGAUUUCGCUCCUACUUAUGGACAUAUUGGAAUGACAUAUUCUAAGACUGGAGAGCAUUCAAAAGCUGUCUUAUAUUGUGAGCGAGCUCUUAGAAUACUAGAAAGUUCACUACCUGCAAGUCAUCCACAUAUUCAAUUAUAUGGAAAUAACCUCGAAUAUGUUCGAAAGCAAAUGUAA